CGAACGAUGCCUUGAAAUCGGAGCCUGUGUGCCCAAAAAUAGAAAAAAAAAAAAACUAAUCUUCGCGCUCGGAAGCCAUUUGUUGGUGGAGUUCACUGUUAUCAUAGUACAGGGCCUUCCGCAGGGUCAAGUCCGCAGGCUUCUACAAGUUGAUGCCCGGGCCCUGGACCUGAACCUGUAGCUGCUGCCUGACUCUGGCACUGGCUUCGCCACUACACCAUGGAUACCGACUCCAACGAUGGCACCAGCCCUGAAAUUCUCAAUGGCCAGACAAAACCAGAUCCAGCCAAGCUUGCUCAGACAGCCAUCAUCAAACAGGAUGUUAUGCUAUCUGCAACGUCCACCCAGUCUCCACUGGCACCAGUGUCAUCGGUGUUUACAAUGCCAUCAGUAUCUUUGCCCCAUGCAUCCAUUGCUGGUAGUGGAGCUCUUGGGCUGGCUGAUCAGCUGUUUAUGUCUGUACCAUCUGUUGCAGACACUGCUACCACGCCAUCAGCAACAGACACCAAGUCAGACAUUAAUGGUGUGUUACCAACACUUACAAGUCAAACACAGUUGUUGGGCCAGCCACAAGUUGCCUCACAGUUUUUCCUGACAAACCAGCAGGCUGUCUCUUCCAGCAAUGGUUCCAGCUCAGCCUCCAUCCCAGUCCAGCAAAUUCUAAUCCCUGUCUCCACCGGGAAUGGAACGCAACAGUUUAUCAGCAUCCCUGUGUCACUGGCAACGGGUGGGAACCAGCAGAUUCAGCUGCUGAGUACUUCCAAUGGUCAGAUCAUUGCAACCAACCUGGCCAGUCUCCAGGCCCUGGCACAGCCACUUAACCUGGCAGCCAACAGUUUAUCUAGUAAUCAGUCCCGUGAUGGCAGCAACAACAGUUCCAGCAAUUCUAGCAGUAGCAACCACUCAACUGCUUCAUCUUUGUCUAGUCAGAUUGCAGCGGCUUUGCCACCUUUGCUCACUGCCAACAGCCAGGGCCAGCUGCUAGCUGUAAGCCCACAGAUGAUUAGUCAGAUGUCCUUGUCCCAGGUGAGCUCUUCCAACCACCGAACUUCGUCAUCCAGCUCCAGUCACACUCACAAUGGCACAGGACUACAGUCAGCGCUUGCUUCCCCCACAAAAGCUUCCCUCUCCAGUUUAACCUCCUCGGCUGCGCCAACCGUGAAUGGACUCCCACCCAAUGUCAGCCAGCUGCUUCCAAACACUGUGGGGAACUGUACAGAGAGCACAACAGUAGAUGGCAUCAAUCUCGAUGAAAUCAAGGAGUUUGCACGUCAGUUUAAAAUCCGCCGUCUGUCUCUGGGCCUGACUCAGACACAGGUUGGUCAGGCUUUGAGUGCAACAGAAGGGCCUGCAUACAGUCAGUCAGCCAUUUGCAGAUUUGAAAAGCUGGAUAUCACACCUAAAAGUGCACAGAAAAUAAAACCUGUCCUAGAACGGUGGAUGAGUGAGGCUGAAGAACGAUAUAAAAAUGGAGUGCAGAAUCUGACAGACUUUAUUGGCAGUGAACCUUCUAAGAAGCGCAAGCGACGCACAUCUUUCACUCCCCAAGCUUUGGAGGUUUUAAAUCAGUACUUUGAGAGGAACACACAUCCUUCAGGGACAGAAAUGACAGACUUAUCAGAGAGACUGAAUUACGACAGAGAAGUGAUUCGUGUGUGGUUUUGCAACAAGCGACAGGCUUUGAAAAACACGAUCAAGAAACUGAAGCAAGAAGCUCCCUGAUGUCAGUCCCCUUUGACUUGUGCAAAGCUCUUGUUCCCUUUUCAUUCCCCACUGUUAACCCUUUCAGUUACAGCCUUGGCAAAGCAAGUCUGCACAUGAAAAUCAAGUGCAAGGCAGUCAGUGUGUCCUAGGUUCAAAUAGCUGGUGCUUAAGUCUGUUU